AUGAAAAAAGUACACUAUGCCAAAAUACCGCAGGAUCUCCCUGCGGAGCUUGUCGCAAGACAGUUGGAAGGUCAUGCCCCUGAUGGGGAACGACCCUCUUGUGUGGUAGACCAUCCUCCACACCGUGCUGCUCCAGCAACAAACAGGAGAGUGCCACAGGCACAAGGAACUCCGGCUGUGAGGCAUGGGAGACCGAUGGCUGGUACACCCAGACCACCGCUCCCAGCACCGAACGCCGCGAAGCAAGGCGCCCAGCGCUCAAAAAGGAAAGGAGAGUUCCUGCCACCAAGGGGUCAACCCGGUGGGCUGGAUGACCCAAACCGGAGAAAUCUCUGCGGUUCUAGGGUCAAGUGGUACCUUCGGUAUCUCCAGCAGGGACUCACCCCUGAUGAAGCCCUGAAAAAGACCAAAGAGCCCAGGGAGGACGUUGCAGCACCUAUGUCAGCUCUGAAAAGGCGUAGCAACAAUCUCACACCACCGAUGGCCACCCCCAAGAGGAUGUGCCCGGAGGUUGUGGGCGUUGCCCGCGGUUCGGCAGCAGCAAAGGUACUGAAGAACAAUGGGGCAGGAAAUUUGGACCUGCGCCCAAGCACAUCGCGUGCAGCGGCCACCGAGCCUCGCCUGUCUUACGCAGAUAUGGCCAAGAAGGUAAAGGUGGCCGUGUUGCCCGUGGAUUUCCCACGGGUCAUGCUCAGUCACGGAGAUUUAUCUGUGUUGGAAGAGGCCAUCAUUGACGAAAUCAUUGCGUCUGGUGGAGAUGUCGUGGUCUCAUUUGCGGGCAUUCACUUCCGGGUUGGAUUCCUGGUAAUUGAGUGCUUCGAUGAGACCUCGGCCGAUUGGCUGAGGACCGCAACGCCGAGGCUACAAUCGUGGAAGGGCGUGCCCCUUGAGUGCAAGGUGGGGGACGACAUACCGUCGCCCCACUGCAUCACGUUGUACUGUCCCAGGAGUGCAGAUCGGUCCACCGAAUCCCUGUUGGUUCUGCUGAGGAGCCAGAACGGGAUCGAGACCGACACCUGGAAGGUGAUCUCCAGGAGGAACGAGGGAGGAGGAGCCCUCCUGGUGAUCGGGAUAGAUGAGCUAUCCAGGAGCAUAAUUGUGCAGAAGGGACACCAGGUCUUCUUUCGCUACGGGACCAUCCCCGUAAGUGGACUGAAGACAAAGAAGACCAGGGAAAAGCCUCAACCUGCUCCAACGGGCAAGGAGGACGUCUCAGUGGGCAACAUCACCACAUCGGACACUCCCGCCCCGGAGCAGGGCAGUCCGACUGCGCAGCCCACCGACCCGUCGGAGGACCUCGCUGACGACGAAGAACUGGCAGAUGCGACGCUCUGCCAGGAGGAGAUGCUGGGGGACGAUGACAUCCCCAUGUCCUCGCAGGAGCUGGAGGAGGAGCUGCUGGAUGCAGCUGCAGCUGACGUCGCUAUGGCGAGCAGCGGUGACGGGGACGGCUCCGGGCCCCAUUCACCGUGUCAGCUGGAGCCUCCCCAGAAGUAG